GAGGAUGAUGAAUACAUUGCAAAGUUUUUUUGGCCCCGGCGAGGGGUGUCAGAUUGAGUGCUCUGUGCGCAUGUGCGAAGGUGUCCAAACUGACAAUGCUGGGGAGAUGAAGAUAGUGUGUAGCUGCUUCUGGACUCAAGGAGGAGGAGAGAGAUUCCGCGAGCCGACACCAUGCGAUCCAAGGCGAGGGCGAGGAAGCUAGCCAAAAGUGACGGCGACAUUGUAAAUAACAUGUACGGGCCGGACUCCGACCUGCUGGCUGGCGAGAGUGCCGAGGACGAGACCGAGGACAGCAUCAUGUCCCCCAUCCCCAUGGGGCCGCCGUCCCCUUUCCCCACCAGCGAGGACUUCACCCCCAAGGAAGGCUCGCCCUACGAGGCCCCCGUCUACAUCCCUGAGGACAUCCCCAUCCCACCAGACUUCGAGCUCCGUGAGUCCUCCAUCCCCGGGGCCGGCCUGGGGAUCUGGGCCAAGAAGAAGAUGGAGGUCGGGGAGCGGUUUGGCCCGUACAUGGUGGCGCCCCGGGCCGCACUGAAGGAGGUGGACUUCAGCUGGGAGCAAAUGCUGACGGACGCAGAGGUGUCGUCCCAGGAGGGCUGCAUCCAAAAGAUCUCCGAAGACCUGGGCAGCAGGAAGUUCUGCGUGGACGCUAAUCAGGCCGGGGCCGGCAGCUGGCUCAAGUACAUCCGCGUGGCCUGUUCCUGUGACGACCAGAACCUCACCAUGUGUCAGAUCAACGAGCAGAUUUAUUAUAAAGUCAUUAAGGACAUCGAGCCAGGAGAAGAGCUGCUGGUCCACGUGAAAGAAGGCUCCUACUCCCUGGGGACGGUGCCCCCCAGCCUGGAUGAGGACCCCGCGUUCCGCUGCGAGGCGUGUGACGAACUCUUCCCGUCCAAGCUGGACCUGCGGCGCCACAAGAAGUAUGCGUGCAGCUCCGUGGGGGCCGUGCUCUACGAGGGCCUGACCGACGAGCUCAAGCCCGAGGGCCUGGGCGGCGGGGGCAGCGACGGGCAGGCCCACGAGUGCAAGGACUGCGAGCGGAUGUUCCCCACCAAGUACAGCUUGGAGCAGCACAUGGUCAUCCACACAGAGGAGCGAGAGUACAGGUGCGACCAGUGCCCCAAGGCCUUCAACUGGAAGUCCAACCUCAUCCGCCACCAGAUGUCCCACGACAGCGGCAAGCGCUUCGAAUGUGAAAACUGUGUGAAGGUGUUCACGGACCCCAGCAACCUGCAGCGGCACAUCCGCUCCCAGCACGUGGGCGCCCGGGCCCACGCCUGCCCCGACUGCGGGAAGACGUUCGCCACGUCCUCGGGCCUCAAGCAGCACAAACACAUCCACAGCACCGUCAAACCUUUCAUAUGUGAGGUCUGCCACAAGUCCUACACGCAGUUCUCCAACCUGUGCCGCCACAAGCGCAUGCACGCCGACUGCCGCACGCAGAUCAAGUGCCAGGACUGCGGGCAGAUGUUCAGCACUACCUCUUCCCUCAACAAGCACCGGCGCUUCUGCGAGGGCAAGAACCAUUACACGCCGGGCGGCCUCUUCGCUCCGGGCCUGCCCCUGACCCCCAGCCCCAUGAUGGACAAGGCCAAGCCACCCCCCAGCCUCAGCCAUGCCGGCCUGGGCUUCAACGAGUACUUCCCCUCCAGGCCGCACCCGGGCAGCCUGCCCUUCUCGGCGGCGCCCCCCGCCUUCCCCACGCUAACGCCCGGCUUCCCGGGCGUCUUCCCUCCGUCCCUGUACCCCCGGCCGCCCCUGCUACCUCCCAUGCCGCUGCUCAAGAGCCCCCGGAACCACACGCAGGACGCCAAGCUCCCCAGCCCCGUGGGCAACCCGGCCCUGGCCCUCGUCUCCGCCAUGGGCAGCGGCGGGCAGGGUGCCACGGCGGCCGCGGGGCCCGAGGAGAAGCCGGAGAGCCGCCUGGAGGACGCGUACGCCGCCAAGCUCAAGCCCCGGGGCAGCGACCUGUCAGACGGCAGCGACUUCGAGGACAUCAACACCACGACCGGGACCGACCCGGACACGACCACGGGCACGGGCUCCGACCUGGACAGCGACGUGGACGGCGAUCGCGACAAGGCCGAGGACGGCAGCGGGGCGGCCGAGGGCAAGCCCGAGCCCGGGGGCGGCGCGGCUGCGCCCGGCGCCCCGAAUAGCGUGGGCGAGGUGCCCGUCUUCUACUCCCAGCACUUCUUCCCGCCGCCCGAGGAGCAGCCGCUGACAGCGUCGGGCGCCGCGGGCGACUCCAUCAAGGCCAUCGCGUCCAUCGCCGAGAAGUACUUCGGGCCCGGCUUCGUGGGCGUGCAGGAGAAGAAGCUGGGCGCGCUGCCCUACCACUCUGUGUUCCCCUUUCAGCUCCUGCCCAACUUCCCCCACUCCCUGUACCCCUUCGCAGACCGCGCCCUCGCGCACAGCCUGCUGGUCAAGGCCGAGCCAAAGUCGCCCCGGGACGCCCUCACGGCCGGUGGCCCCGGCGCCGAGUCACCCUUCGACCUCACCACCAAACCCAAAGAGGCCAAGCCCGUCCUGCCGGCGCCCAAGGCGCCCCCGGCCCCGGCGUCGGGCGAAGAGCAGCCGCUGGACCUGAGCGUCGGCAGCCGCGUGCGGGCCAGCCAGAACGGAGGGGCCCGGGAGCCCCGCCAGAACCACGUGUACGGCGAGCGCAGGCUGGGGGCCGGCGAGGGGCCGCCCAGGGCGUGCCCGGCGCAGCUGCCCCAGCAGCCGCCCCUGCACUACGCCAGGCCGUCGCCCUUCUUCAUGGACCCCAUCUACAGCAGGGUGGAGAAGCGGAAGGUGAGCGACCCUGUGGGAGCCCUUAAGGAGAAGUACCUGCGGCCGUCCCCGCUGCUCUUCCACCCCCAGAUGUCAGCCAUCGAGACCAUGACUGAGAAGCUGGAGAGCUUCGCGGCCAUGAAGGCGGAAUCCGGCAGCUCCCUGCAGCCCCUCCCCCCCCACCCCUUCAACUUCCGGUCCCCGCCCCCGACGCUCUCGGACCCCAUCCUCAGGAAGGGCAAGGAGCGCUACACGUGCAGGUACUGUGGCAAGAUCUUCCCCCGAUCAGCAAACCUCACGAGACACCUGAGGACGCACACCGGGGAGCAGCCCUACAGGUGUAAGUACUGCGACCGGUCCUUCAGCAUCUCCUCCAACCUCCAGCGGCACGUCCGGAACAUCCACAACAAGGAGAAGCCCUUCAAGUGCCACCUGUGCAACCGCUGCUUUGGGCAGCAGACCAACCUGGACAGACACCUGAAGAAGCACGAGCACGAGCAGGGACCAGCGAACCAGCAUUCGGGGGUCCUCACCAACCACCUGGGGACCAGCACCUCCUCCCCCGCCUCCGAGUCGGACCACCAUGCACUUUUAGAUGAGAAGGAAGACUCCUAUUUCUCAGAAAUCAGAAACUUUAUUGCCAACAGCGAGAUGAACCAGGCAACAACGCGAACAGACAAACGGCCGGGAGUCCAGGACCUGGACGGCGCCUCCCAGGGCCCGGGCCUGGCCGGCGGGAAGCCAGAGGACGCGGAGGAGGAGGAGGAGGAGGAGCUGGAGGAGGACGACGACAGCCUGGCGGGGAAGUCCCAGGACGACACCGUGUCCCCCGCGCCGGAGCCCCAGGGCGCCUUCGAGGACGAGGAGGACGGGGAGCCGCCCGCCUCCCUGGCCGUGGGCUUCGACCGCACCCGAAGGUGUAUUGAGGAGCGGCCAGGCGGUCUGUUGGCUUUGGAGCCCAUGCCGACUUUUGGGAAGGGUCUGGAUCUCCGCAGAGCAGCUGAGGAAGCAUUUGAAGCUAAAGAUGUGCUUAAUUCCACCUUAGAUUCUGAGCCUUUAAAACAGACCCUGUACAGGCAGGCUAAGAACCAGGCGUAUGCAAUGAUGCUGUCCCUUUCCGAGGACGCUCCUCUCCACGCCUCCUCCCAGAGCCCUCUGGAUGCUUGGUUGAACAUCGCGGGAGCCACGCCAGAGUCCGGAGCCUUCAACCCCAUCAACCACCUCUGACCGCCCCCCGAAGGGCUGGGGUCAGAGUCCAAGCGAGGCCACCACGGGCCCCCGCCAUCCCGACAGAAAUCCCAGCUGCGGAAGAUGGAGGCCAGGGCCUCGGGGAGCCAGAGCGGCCCGGGGCCGAGGAGACCCCUCGUCACCUGCGUCUGACCUCUCCUCAGCGUCUGUGCCCCCCGCCACGGUCCAACUUGAACUUUUCCAACGAAAACUCAGAACCCGGAGUCCUUGGAGCCGUCGUAGGGUUUCGCCGGCUCUAAGAAUUGGUCUCGAGGACGGCGUCCGAGAUGAUUCAGCUCACGGUGUCCAGGCGCAGCGCAGGGGGGCUGCUUCGCAGAGUCAAGCCCGUGGGCGAGGGCGGAAUCUGAACCCCAAACUGAGGCCGGCGGGCCGCUCCCAGGCGCCCGCGUGGUGUCUCGAGAGGGAACGGACAGCUGGGUGUGCUCUAAAGAGGGAAUCGCCCAGGUGAUUUUUAUAACGAAGGUUACGAGAAAGACCCUUUUGGUAAUCUUAUUGACGACAGAGUCUAUUUAAGCAUGUGGUUUUAAAAAUAGACAGUAUUUUUUAAAAAGAAAAAAUCAAAAAGUGACUUGCCAAUUGUUUUUUAAAAGUAAUUUUGCAUUGCUUUGAAAUCUCAGCUUAUUUGCAAACCCAAACCUGCCUGGGAACCAGCACUGCGUUUGGGGGUGUUCUUUAUACUGUAGAUGCGGAGAAAUUUUCUAUCUCUGACCGUAUUUGUAAAGCCAAGGUGAUUCUGGGGUGUCCCCCGCCCCGGGCAGAACUGAGUUUGGGGGGCCGACUCCCGUGAGCAGCUUUAGACUGUGCCCGGGAGUCAGAUACGGUGUCCUGGGCUGGCCCAAGGCUGGGACUCGGAGAUGUGCCUGUCACUGUGUGCCAUGUGAUCCGUGCCCGUGGCCCCCACCCAGACUCCCAAUUGUGUGGGGGAGGUCAGAGCGGUGGCUGGGCCCCCGGUGUUCUCCCCACAAGGGCUGUGCCUCGGCCACCCCGCGCCAGCCCGCCCGCCCGCCACCGUCCUUCAGAGGGCAGGGCCUGCCGGUCGCAUUCGGAUCUCCAGCCCUCACCCUCACCCACCCCCAGUCAGACGGACAAGGGGAAGGAAGCGGGCCUCCUCGGGGGCCGCCGGGGGCCACACUCCAAGGCUGCCUCGCUCCGGGCCGCCAAGCUCCACGUGCACCUGACACCCCAGGACGCGACUGCCACUUCGCUCUUUGUGUGGGCUCCUGGCGGGCGGGACCCGGCUCCAGAACGAAGGGCGUCCAGACGCGACCUACCGCGAAGAGCAAAGACGGCACAGCCCCGCGGGGACGGCGCCUCCCCGGGGACCAGGCUGCUUCUCCACUCGGACGGGCUUUAAAUUAUUCCCAUAGGGGCCAAUUUCGAGUAAUCGUUUGUUUUCCCUGAUGGAAUUGACCUUAAUCUGUAUAUAACUUGUAAUUUUUUCUAAUUCACUUCUUGUCUUAUUUUAUUUCUUCCUUAACAGUAUUUUUGGCAUUAGACAUUCUUAUUGUGAAGAAAUAAUGUUAAUAUAAGUCUCUAGUGAAGGACCAAAACCGUGUAAUAAGGUCGUGUGACGUGUGAGCGAUAACCAGGGAGUGGGGCGCUUUUGAAUGUGCCAAACACCCCGCGCCCCCCGCCCAACAAAUUCUGCUGCCUGUUUUCCAGACAAUCAUGUGUUUCUGUUAAAUUUGAGUUUCAGCUGCAUUUAAGACAAGUGCUCUAUUUAUUUCUUUUCUUGUUUGGAAGAUAAAAAGAAGAAUAGCAUCCUGAGAAGAAGAGAGAAAAAAAAACAAACAUCUCCCAAGUUGCCCUAACGAAAGUGUGAAAAUACAAACGGCUGCGGAGUGGCCGACCGUCCGGCCACUCCAGGCCAAGACAAUCGUCCACCUGGGCACUGGGGGUCCAGCCUCGGGCUGGAGACCUGCGGUGGGGAGUCCCCGGGGGCGCACAGCCCUGCGGGUCCCAGUGAAAGGGCUUUGGCCCUUCCCAGAUCCAGUCGAGGUAACAGGCUCAGAGCACCUGGCACGUGGGCGCCGGCUGGAAGGUCACGCCCCGCCCCGCCCCGCCCCCGGGGCAGCCCGACGAGCUGCUGGUGGAGGAGCCGGUCGUGGCCCCGCCCACGAGGACCUGCAGACUCAGCGGCUCCCACCUGCUCGGAGGCAUACUCGACCCGCCUCGGCCAGACCCGCCCGGCGCGGAGGAAUUUCCAACUUCCCCUCCGCCGAGAUGGGACCCCUUUGAAAAGUCAACCUCGGAUACCAACUCCCCGUUUCUGUAAACCCAAAUUAUAUGAUUUCUUCUGCUAAAGAAUAAGGUGUGUGCUUUUUUUUGCGAUGUGGACGUUUGGGCUGGGGGAGACCCGAGGGUCUGUUCCCCGCGGGCCGGCCCUGCCUUUCAGCUCUGGCCUGUCUGUGGCCGUCACGGUCGGACUUCUGUGGGCGAGCCUCUUCAGCAUUGUCUCCUCCCCUUCCCCAAGAACCCCAGUUGCACAUUUUCAGUCCUACUUUCUUGUCCCUCUGAAAACGAUUCAAGCAAGCCCAGUUUCUCCUCUGGCCUGAGCACUUGGCCGGCCUGGGGGCGGGGGUGGGGUCUGUCCUUGUACCCCUGAACAAAGAGAGCACUUGCUUCCUACGCCUGGCGUAUCCGCGAAGCCCGGUUGCAAAGCUUAGCAUUGCCCCCGGCCACAGCGAGCUGCCCCCUCUCCGGUCCUUCUCUGCCCCCCGGGCUCCAGCACCGGCUGCUUUGCUCAGGCCCGGAUGCCUCCA